AUGCCGUCACCCGGCCCCAACCGCGGGGCAGUCAACCCAGAUGACCGCUUGAUAUUGACGCCUUUGAUGAUACCAAAAUCUCCCAACUUUGUCUCAGAAAAAUCUGGAUACUUUCAAAGGUUCACGAAUCUACCUUCACCGGAAGAAGUACGCAAGCAAGCAGAGGCUCAAUAUCUCGCUGGAACCUCCGCAGACAGCAGGAGACGCUUCUCGGAAGGCGAAGGACCUCAGCGGUCGCCACCUCCCGCAGUCUUCGAGAAAUUGGGGCUUUUUGUCAAAUGGGGAACAUCUGUCAGCAUUUCAGAGGGCCAGUGUCUCUAUGCCGUCAGCCAGCUACUCAAAGAUUAUGUCCCAGUUCCAGAGCUCUACGGCUGGCGGCUCGAUGGAGGCGAAACCUUUCUCUACAUGGAAUAUCUCGAAGCACAGACACUGGAGCAAGCGUGGGAUACUUUGGAGUCUGAUGAGCGUGUCUCGAUCUCCGGUGAGCUUCGGACGAUCUGCGCCAACCUUCGGCAUCUUGAACAGGAUCCAGAAGAUCCGUUCGUAGGUAAUAUUGUACGAGAUCAUGUUUAUGAUCGAGCCCUCCAUCUCAGUUGGAUGUUCGAGGCAGGGCCUUUCAACACAGUCCAGAAGUUUCAUGACUGGUUCACUUGGCUCCCUCGAAAACCAAUGCCUUAUCCAUAUUGCGUCCCCAUCGAACCGUACCGCUAUGACCUACCAGACGACACCGCUAUUAUCUUUACACAUGGUGAUCUUCAUCGCAGUAACAUCUUGAUUACCCGCUCUGAGCCAUAUCGCGUUGUUGCAAUUGUUGACUGGGAACAGUCGGGCUGGCUACCCGCAUACUGGGAAGUCAGAAAAGCACAGUGGUCUGUUGGGGGCAAUGAUGAGUGGUCUACUUUAUACCUACCGAUGAUUAUGUGUCAGUUUACUAGCACUUGGAUACCUUGGGACUGGUUCACAAGUGCAAUGGGAUGUUAA